UAGUAAGUGUCUUAAAAGGCAAAAGUGUAUAAUGUAACUAACAACAUAGCCAUAUAAUAACGUGCUAAAGUCUUUUAUGGAACCAGAAAGUUAUUUUAACACGUGACCAUAGUAAAAGUGUAUCAUGUAAUGAACAAGAUAGUCAUCUAAUAACGUGCUAAAGUCUUUUAUGGAACCCGGAAGUUAUUUUAACACGUGACCACAGUAAAAGUGUACAAUGUAACGAAAAAGAUAGUACCCUAAUAACGUGCUAAAGUCUUUUAUGGAACCAGGAAGUGAUUUUAACAGGUGACCAUAGUAAAAGUGUAUCAUGUGAUGAACAAGAUAGUCCACUGAUAAUGUGUUAAAGUCAUUUAUGGAACCCGGAAGUGAUUUUAACACGUGACCAUAGUAAACGUGUAUCACGUAACGAACAAGAUAGUCCCCUAAUAACCUGCUAAAGUCUUUUAUGGAACCCGGAAGUUAUUUUAGCAGAUGACCAUAUUAAAAGUCUGUCUUAAAGGCAAAAGUUUAUAAUGUAACGAACUAGAUAGUCAUCUAAUAACGUGCUAAAGUCAUUUAUGGAACCAGGAAUUGAUUUUAACUCGUGACUUGGAGCGUGAAACCCGGCACGCGCUUACCAGCCCUUAUCCUGAGUCAGCAGUCUGUUCGCAGUCAGCUGACAAAGUAGGACAUUAUCGUUUCCUUCUGACUUUUUUAAGCGGUGUUACGUCGUCUUUCAAAAGACCAUGUUGGCGCACAGAGCUUUCACACGCGGACCUUCUGUGUUGGCCGCAGGUGGCAACUUCACCACGUUGUGCCCCAAUGGCUCCGCGUGGGUGUGGGAAGGUCUCGGCGAGUGCGCUCAGGACGGCAGAGACAUGGCCAGCAUCUACCUGGGCCUGCUGUCCAUCCUCUGCUUCAUGAUGUCCUCGCUACCGCAGUAUUACAGCUCCUGCAAAACGGGCAACAUGGACAGCGCCCUCUCCAUCUGGUUCCUGCUGCUGUGGCUGGGGGGUGACACUUGCAACUUGGUGGGCUCCUUUUUGGCCGACCAGCUCCCGCUUCAGACCUACACUGCGGUCUACUACGUGCUGGCAGACCUGAUGAUGCUGGCCAUGUACUUGUACUACAAGACCAGGAACAAAAUGGAGGAAAGCAGGAGAGUGUUCCACCUGGUGGGCGUGGCCUGCGUCCUGGGCUUCACGACAGGCUUCACCGACCUCCCAGGGUGGGGCGCCGCCCGACAGGAAGUGAUGUCAUCCCAGUACACAGGGCGCACGUUGCUGUCCAACACUAAUCUUGCUGCUGUCAGGUCCUUCACGCCCAAAGAGAUCGUCGGUUUCUCUAUUGGCUCCGUGUCGUCCGUGCUCUACUUGUUCUCCAGACUCCCUCAGAUGUACACCAAUUUUCAGAGAAAGUCCACAGAGGGCGUGUCCUACUUCCUGUUUGCUCUGGUCAUCCUGGGGAACACCACCUACGGUCUGAGUGUGCUGCUGAAGAACCCAGACCAGGGCCAAGGAGAGAACAGUUACGUCAUCCAUCACCUGCCUUGGCUGGUUGGCAGCCUGGGGACUUUGUCUUUGGACUUGUGUAUCUCCUUCCAGUUCUUCCUCUACCGUAAAGCUGCAGUGAGGCUGCAUGCUGACCACUCUGAUGGGGAGCCUGAGACCACGCCUCUAAUAGGGAGCUAAGCCCCUCCCACCUUCAGAUCAAAUGACAGCAAAUGGACUUUUAAUGUUCUACUUGUAUUUAUUGACUUGUGCUUUUAUCUUGAAAGGUGCAGACGACAUUGUUGGCAUUCCAAGAUGACUUUUAAAAGGGAGUCGGGGGGAAAAAAGGUGUUAAAUCUCU